AUGCGCAUCCACGAGAGCGGAAUUGACCACAUUUCCGACACACCAACCACAACGAACACAUCCACCAUGCCCAGCCCCACCUUCGCUCCAUCGCCCUGCUCGCUCAUCACCACCACCACCACCACCACCGCUACCUCUGCAGCCUACAUCGACACCGCCGACAUCACAUGUCCACACUGUCCACGCACAUUCACCUCACACAUCGGCCAGAUCCGUCACUUGCGAAUCCAUCGCACAGAGACUGGAGAACCAGUGCCUGGAGAACCAACCUACACCAACCAAACUCGUCUCAACUGCCCACACUGUCCUCGCACUUUCAGGCACCGCAUUGGCCUAUUCGGUCACAUGCGCAUCCACGACGACCUGCGGUAGACAACCGCCGGCUACGCCACACUCUACACACCCCCUUCCCUCCUUCACCAUCACCAACACACAUCAACACUCAUCCACCGCAUGCACCAACUGCCACCUCCCACGCAAGUGGGAAGAGUGCAUCUCGACUCGGUCCCCAUGCGGCUUGGGCUGCACGGGUGACUUGAGUUUGAGACUAUCCCGACACGUCAGGUGUCGUGGAUAGGAUGGUUACUGACUGACGCCCGGUCCACGGUCCAAUCACGCAAGUGAGAGUCACGCCGUUCAACCCCCGUUGUGUGAAAUCCUGGUGUUUGUGUGUGUAUGGGGGGCCAGGUCGUGCUGUGGCGCGCGCAGGCAUGGUCAGUCGACCGUGUCAGCCACCGCGCCCAUUCCCCACUUCAGUCUGCUGACCGUCUUGGACAGCGGCUGGCGUGUCGGAGUGGGAAGGGAGGAUGAGGUCGACGACUAAGCGCACUUUCCUCACGAUAAACAAUCUGACGUGCUUGAAGCUAUCACGGUGGGCUAAAAGCCGUGGUUUGGAAUGUUGCCAAUUGACGGGGUAACUUGUACCUCCUCCUUGACCGGUGGUGGUUUGAGAGUCAGGCUGCAAUGGCUCCUUUUUAAUGUGGCCUUUAUGGCACUCUCACCACAGUGUGGGAUCCGAGCCAGGCGACGCCGGCACGCCCAGGUGCGGCUUCGGCCGUGCCAGCCUCCAAAUCUCUGUUGUGUUGUUAAAGUGCUGGUCAUUUGCUGUGUGGACCAGGGGGUGCGGAGUGGAGCGCCAAGGCGAGGAUCCGUCCGAGCCAUCCACCUGCGGCCUCCCCCCUCUCCGGUCUUGUUGACUCUGUCUUGACACCGGGCUCAGGCGGGGGAGGAGGAGAGAGUGUAGGUAGAUGCAGCGCAAGUCUACUGGCACUAUAAACCCCUACGUAAGUCACCGUCCCUGCUCAAACCUCUGCCGUGGGGCAUACGGCGGACAUCGUUAGAUGCGUCCUUCGAACUAUCACGUGUGUGUGUGUGUGCUUAUCUGGACGCGUCGCAUAAGUGACUAGGGGGUGACGCACCCUCACCUCGGUGUUUGUUUGUGUUUUUUAUCUGACUAGGUGAUUACGAGCCCUCACUUCGGUCCUCGCGGCAGUCUCUUUGCGACUGGCGCUCCGAAGUAGGCCUUAGUUCGACACAGCAUUAGGCGAUUCGUAUUGGACUGCGAGCUUUCAACUGCUGUUCGUCACAUAAUUUGCGCAUUAUAACGUUUUUUUUUCAUCAGAAUCUGGCAGAAUUCGGUGAGGAACGCAAAGAUUGCCAACUGCAAAACAUUCUCCAACAUGAUGGGUCAUAGUUUGGUCUUGAAUCUGAAAGACGCCAAUAAAGCAUUACGACAUCAAGAUUCCACGACUUGAGGCUGAGAUUCAAAGCCCGAUGUUAACUAAUGCAGCUUUAAACUCAGUGCCUGCUCGUCUAUAGGCCACUGCAUGGGAGUGCGAGUUAUUGGAACUCCAAAUUCAACCAUAAAGUUCAUUACUACAAAGGGCUUCUUCCAUCUACCAAUUUUCCCAAUGUCCGCAAAUGUUCGAGGUAGCUAACCGGUGUGGAACAAAAUACACCUAACCAUCGAUUCACGAUAAUGUGUGUUAUAUUACGAAUGUGGACCCAUUGUCGUGAAGAAGAUGCGGACGGUGAGAACAUCUUGUUUUGAUUAUUUUUGCGUGUUAAGUGGUUCCAGAGCUGACGUGGCCACCAGAACGACUAUUGCAGGGGCAAGAAACUUUCGUGAAAAAUAUUUAAGUGCCGCUUACAUGGCUACUGAAUUUAACAAGGUAGUUUGGACUGUGUACUGACUAGUGACACACACGGCGCGCACGGGUCAUGGGUAUGAGUUAGCAUGGCAAAAUAAGUUAUACGACGCACGGACAUCCGACAAACGAAACUAGCUUCUUGGAUAUCCGGGGACACGGAAGCAAUUAAAUCAGCAAUUAAGUAAACGCAUGACAGCCAAUGGAGAAUAACCAAUCGUAAGUGAUGGACAGCGGACAAGUAAAGGCGGGAACUUUGAUCAAUUGAAAGAAUCAAGCCAAGCCCGCGGGGGAACUGAAAAGGGACGUUGGCUAAAGUUAAACGCUCCCACAUACGUUGUUACGUUAGUCACACAGUUUAUUUUGCAGCGUCACGUUACCUGUUGCGACAAGCUCUUCGACGCAUGGAAACCUGAAAAUUAUUCAUUGACGCAAUAACAAUGCAAAACCCUUGAUUUUGCUACUCGACAAGCCCAUUGUACUAGUUGCUGUGCGACUACCUUAAUGGCUCUCAAUCGAGCGCUAAAGUGCAAGGGAAUGACGAUGUCACGCAACAACACCAAUAAAUUUCCUUCCAACAUACCUUCAGGAAAAUUAGUUACAAUCUGUAGGCAAAAAGUCCCAUGUAAGAGCCGACCUCGUUCGUCUAAUGACUUCAUUCCUUUUCGCGGUUUAAAAAUGGGGCAAAGAUAACGACGCAAGCGAUCAUCCUUGGUCAAGCAUUUCACGUUGGAUGACUUUUCGUCUUUUCCGCUUGACGUUGCAUAUUUGUACUGUAAAUAUUGGUUUUUAUUUAUAUCCGAAUUCUAUGCAUUCCGAUAGCGCGGACGUGUGUUUUGGAGCACUGUGAAAAUUCCUCAUUCCAAUACGAAGUGGUGAGCUGGGCCGUCUCGUCGAUAUACAGUAAGUGGGCUUACUCAUGAAAUGUCAACCGAAAUGCGUUCUCGCUUCGAAAAGAUUAAAUAAGUAGCGUUGUAAAACUAAUAAUCAUGCACCGUAAUCCUACAAUGAUCCAGUUGCCUCAUGGUAUCGGCUUUUAAAUGAACUUAUUUCCGACUGCAUGCAUGAACUUUAGUCUGCAAAAAAUGACUAUUUACGUAGAAUGCAAUUUUCUCAAGGAUUUUCGAUGCCCUUAAAAAUUCAAUUGAAUUUCAUGGAGAAUAUGCAUAAAAAUAUUCAUUCUCUUACUUAUUCGGUAGGAAAUCACGCCUUCUUCCAAUUUUAUACUCAAAAUAAGGAUGUUAUUUGGUUUCAAAUAAGUUUCUAAUUGCGAGAUUUUUCAAUACCGUGCAAUGGCCGUUCAUAUAACUCAUGUAUCUGCAUUUACGAAUAAGGCUUUUAAAGUUAACAAUAUUGCUCAAAUCCACUGCUUAAUAUUAUGAAACCCAUAUGGUCACUUCUUGAUACCGAAGAGAAAUACACGAUUCCGUUCACGAAAAUUAUAUGGCCUUUAUGAUUGAAACCCUGAAUGCAAGUGUAACAGCAGGUCGGGUUCAAAAUUAUUCGGGAAUCAGAAAAUAUUUUUAAAACCAAAUUACACGCUUCUUUCGAGCAUAAAAUCGAAAGAAGACGUGAUUUUCUACGAAUAAGUAAAAAUGUGAAUAUUUUGAUGCAUGUCCUCUAUUAAGAAUAAUUUAAAUUUCAAGGGCAUUGAAAAUCAGUGAGAAAAUUGCAUGCUACAUAAAUAGUCAUUUUUUGCAGAGUAUAGUUCGCAUGCAGUCAGAAAUCAGUUCAUUCGAAAGCCGACACCCUGUUGUAACCGAAGCAUUAUAGAAUGAUGCUGCAUGAUGAUCAAUUUAACAACUCUGCUCAAUUAAUCAUUUUGAAACGAGAAUGCAUUUCAUGAGUUAGCCCACCUACUGUACAAUAAAGUGGCUAAUUUCGAAAAAGCACGCGUCUACAUCACGUGACCAUGGAAGGGGACUACCGCUGCGAUGGAUAUUGUCACAAUUUGAGUCAGUGUAUUAGCGCAUACGAGGAGGAAUACGCCAUAAAACGGAGCCGAAUGUCGCUGAAGACGUUGUCCGACACAUAUGGGUUUAUUACUUGAACACCUACUUAGACAGAGUAAAUUUUGAUCUCUAAUUUGUGUCAAUUUCCGACUAGGAAUUCAUAACAUAGUGAAGCAAAAUGGACAAAAAUUAGGGGUCUAGGUGAUAAAAUGAGGCCUUAUGGGAAACCUCCAAAUGUGAAAAAGGCUGAAUAAAUGUGACCAUCUCCACAAUUUUCUGUGGACAUUACGGCGUUUAGCCAAUUCAAGUCACCUUAUUAAUGGAAUAAGUAUUUUACACUUAAACUCUGCAACCAUUUUCAAAAACAGCAUCAAAAUCCGUUUUUGCAGAAUUAUUUAGGAAAAGCCUAUAUUACUCGGUGUGCAUGUGUCUCUGUGUGUUGUGUUGUGUGUGUGUGUGUGUGUGUGUGUGUGUGUGUGUGGGUGUGUUUGUGUGGCUUACUCGACCACAUGCGCAUCCAGUAAGUCCUGUCGUAGACAGCCGCCGACUUCACCACACCACCACAUCCUCCCUAACCAACAUGUCAUCGGACGUCAAGACCGCCCACCAAAUGCACCGAUUUGUCCCAUAAGACGAGAGUGAAAUGUGUGCGUCUCGACUCGGUCUCAAUGCAGCUCCUUGCUGCAUGGGCGAUUCGAAACUGAGACAAUCAUGGCGCGUCAAUCGCCGUGGCUAGAAGUCUGCUGGUUGACACCCCAACUCAGUCCAUCCCCAGUAGUGUUUGUGUGUGUUUGUUUGAAGUGGCGGACUGGCGGGCUGAGAACCAGGCUGAGACAGCUCCAUCUUGGCCAAUGCCGCCGCUGCCGCUGACCAGAACGGCUCCGUGGAGAACUGUUGGGACACAAUCCAGUCGCUGGCCGUCCUCGGUCGCGCAGACUGCCACCUACAACCUGCUCUCCGAGAAGGACCGCCUGCACAAAGCCUACAUCGGCUACCUCACCGACGAAGACGACGACAGAGCAGCAUCCUAUCGUUGCCGCCGCCUUGUGCAACAGCGGCUGCACGAGAUGCAGGUCGCACGGGCAGCUCGCAAGGCUAAGGAGAUCCAAGGGUGCGCGGACUGCGACGAAUGGAAGAACUACUUAUCAGCCCUUAAAGCCGUCUACAGUUCGCCCACCGACGGGAGAACCCUGCUCACUGAAAAGGCAAACAACUAAAAUUAUGCAAUGAUCGACCAAACUCACUUUAAAUAAUAUGACGGACUUGAAGCUAUCACGGUGCGCUAGAAGCCGUGGCAUGGAAGGAUGCCAACUGACGGGAUUAUUUGGGACUCGCAGUCGUCCCAGUGUUGUGUUUGUAUGGAGCCGCAGGUUGGUGGUCUAGGAGUCAGGCUGCAAUGGCUCCUUCUUAAAGUGGCCUUUAUGGCACUCCUACUCUGUGGGUUCCCAGCCAGGUGUGACGGCACGCCUAGGCGCGGCUUCGGCCAUGCUAGCUACUUGCGCCUUCUGGUCUUAUUAAUUAUGCCUUAACAAGGGAUCCAGGUGAGGGAAGACGAGAAAGUGCGGUAGAGGAGGCGCAUGUCUACAUUCACUAUAAACUCUAUCACGCGCAAGUCACCGUCCAUGUUCUCAACUUCUUGUGGUCACACUUUAAAGCGGCACCGCGACAAUUGUCAUGAAACCUUCCCUGCACACAACACACCAACUACCGGAAGUUAGUGGUAUUAGCAGCAAUUUUGGAAAAUUUUACUGAUAUGAUUGGAAAAAUUUUCCCGACUCUCCAAUUCGAAGUGGUGUGAGUCAGAUAAAAGUGGCAUUCUGCAACCUUGGACCUUUUUGCCGAAAGGAAGUGACGGAGAAUACGUUAAAAAAUGGUCCCGAAUGCCAAUACACAUAUUCUGAAAUAAAAUCCUUCGUGACAGUCACCUGCCUAACAAUUCCCGUGAAUUUCCGUAAUGCUGAAUCAGUAUCAUCUCCUUACCGGCUAACAAGCACUCAGCGGUCGAACCAAUUGCACGGUGGUUGAACAAAUUGCAGACACCUUUCGCGAUUUAUCUGGGCAACCACCCGGUAUCCUCUAUGGAACAUCGAAUGCACCCAUCGUUGUAGCAAGAGGAGAGUUUUUCUGAUUAAUGUCACACGGUAUCUGCAGGAGAUGCGUCGGCAGCAAAUCCUUUUACGGAAAUUCAUUGAGAUUUUGACCAAAAUAAUUAAAUUGUGUUCAGUCCUCAACUGACGUAGAGGAUGCGUUUCCCUGACGCGAGGAGCCGCACAAGAAAUACUUUCUGUAGUCAUCAUAACACUACCUUCCGAUGUUAGGUAGGCACGUCGCCGUUACUGAUGUGGUUAGGGUCAUGCUUGAUCGCAUUAUGUCUGUCAGUAGCAAGCUGGCAAGCGGGCAGAAGAGAUCGAAUAAGAUCCUGACCACAACAGUGAGGGUGACGCGCUUAUUUUACAUGCUUCUAUGCCUCACUUCAUAAAGCCUGCGGCAUACUGGUGAUUGGCAACGACCGUGAAACGACUGUCUGUGUCUGGCCUUUCGAACUCUUAGUGAACCGUCGACGUAAUAUUACGUUCUGAGUGUACGUGGAGCACUCCAAUUGGCUGAUCCAAUGCUCAGUGAACUAGUAAACACUCUCGGGAAGUUUUAAGGUUGUGCGCGGAAAUAUGGACAUCCGCUUAUUACAAGUGGCAAUGCCCUAAAUUCCAAGUUGGCGGUUAAAUUUAGAUUUAGAGUUGCUAUAACGGUUGGGAGGGGUGUCAGGAUUAGGGUUUGGGCGGGCGUUAGGGUUAGGUUUGCAGCUAGAAGACGGGAAUAGGAACUCCAUCCCGGAAUUUAGCGUGAGACAGAGGACCAUAUUCCCACCGCCAACUGGUUUUAAUUAUCUAAAAUGAACUUCCUCCUUCUCCAAAUUAGAUUAAAGCUCGAUUCUGGGUUAGGAACCAUCUUGGAAUGACAGUGCUGUCUGAUGUCAGAGCACAUAUACACGAUGGCUUUGCGGCAUCUUCUGCUCAAUUGCCGGCAACAAGCUUCAAGUCAAAAUGCGACCUUCAGCGCAGGAGAAAGCCAACGGGACCAGUCACACAGAAUUUCGCAGAAGAUUCUGAUAACCACUUUUUGGCAGUUAAUUCAAAUUUUUCUUCAGAUGCUUUUUCCACUCCAACAUAUGCCAUUUUCUCCUAUCCUGGAAUGCUCUUGUCUGUUCGUUUUGUCCUAGUACUCCUCAGCACACCUGAUUUGGCACGAUGUUGUAAGUUCUCUGUUUCCUCCUAAAAAACACACACACUGAUGAUGGUGACCGUGAUCGAAAACUGACACUUUGUUCCAUCCGAAACUUCCGAAUUUGUGACUUAGGUGCCCGCAAAAACUAUCUCUUAUUUUCCAGUAGCAAAGUGGAUCUCUUCUGGACAAAGCGUCUCGUAAGGAAGCAUUUUAAUCACCUUGCUCAAUUGCACGUCGGAUGUAGAGAAUUAGAUUGCUUCUCUUACUGGACAGUAUACAUUUUUCCUGACUUCCUUACGACAUUUAGAAACAAUAUUUUCGACACUAAAGUGGUGGAAAAAGUUAGUGCAUUCAGCGCCUUACAUACUGCACUUUUUCCAUAACGAAUUGUCUUUUUGUCUCUUCAGCUAUGCUACGCAGUUCCAUAUUUUGCACAAUGUCAGAAAUGUCUUAUCACACAGAAAAGAAGUGAGUCGAAUACAAGAACUUUUGCCCAUCGGCGGUCCAGCAAUGCACGCCACAAAAAAAACAGAUGGCCGCCUCGAAUAUUUUGCCAGGCUUUUUAUGCAGGAAUCAUAAUUGCCUCCAUGCAACUUGUGUUACAGCGUGAAGCGGAAGUACGAUUGGGACGGUGAGUGAAUUAAUUAAGGCUGAUAUGAAACGAGGUGACAAUGAAUCUAGUUAGAAGACACUGGUUAAUUAAGUUAGCCCAGUAUCUCUAGAUUCGAAGAUUUAUGGUUUCUUCGAUUCAGAAGAGUGAAGAUCUUCCCCUUGGUUUUCUUGGUUUGGACGUUGUGAAGACUCCCGUGGUUUACACUAGCGAAAAUCACUUAGGUGGUAGCAAGUGAUUUUAUAUGGCUUGGGAGAACACAAUCAAUGGAUUGCUCUCAUACCGGAGAAAAUGUAUCAAAUCUGCCCAUGUCUUAAAACUGCCACACACACACCAGGCCGCAAGGAAAGCUAAGCGUGUCGGAACUUUUAUUGUCCCGCAGAUUUGGCUGCAUACUACGUGUGGAUGCGUGUCGUUGCUGUUUCACCGGUGACGGCAAGUUCUUCUUCCGCUGUUUGUCCACCAAGGGCCAGCCAGUGGACGCCCUUGGGGCUCAGAUCCGACAGCUUGCUCUGGAGGCCAAGGAACGCCUACGUCAAGAGCAGGCCGCCAAGGGACAGGCUGCUUUCACCAAGACGGUGCCCAACGGCUUUACCACAGCCAUCGACUCUCCAGGCAUUGGCGCCAGCUCACGAUCUCCGUCAAUUCCGCCCAAAUCAUCUCACGACGCUGCUGGGAGUGAAAAAAGGGAGGCGGACGAGUUCAACUUCUCGACCCGUCGUCCUCCCACCGUCACAACUCCCUGUCGAUGUCGUCAAGACGGAAAGUGCUGA